AUGAGCGGCUACGAGAUCGACGAGUUUUACGACAAGCAUGAAGCUUCUGCCAAACUGCAAGACUUAAUUGACGAAUGCAAUAAAGGGGAAAAAACUAAAGACAUGCAACUGUCUACCAGUAAAAUCAAAACCGCGUCCGUCAAGAGAAUAUCACGACCCGAGAGCUGGCGAAUGUACCAAGUAGUAAACGACGAACCAACGGAGAUUGUCUUUAGAAUUCAAGGCAUUAUACAGUCCAAAGAACUUCCCCCUGUUGGACGCAACAUAAACAGGAGCAACAGGGCCAAGAAACACCUGCGGCAGCAAGUAACAAUCUUUGGUUUUGGAGCUCCUUUGUUUCAGAACUUCGCCGAUUCCGUGGAGGCGAUGUAUAUCAAGUACGGCGACUUCAUAUCUGACGGUCACCUGGAAGAAUGGUCCCCUCCUACCGAUGGCGACAGUGUCGGAUUUGACGUCAUAAACCGAUACUUCACCCACGCCAAUUACGCUACAGGAGAACCUCAAGUCCCAUUCCAUGAAACUGUGGAUCCUUUCGACGUACUCAAGCAGAUGGGAGGAGGAAAUUACGUCCACACUCAAGAUAACCACGUGGAUUACAUCGAACGCGUGAUCGCAGAAAAUUCCAAAGACUACCAUAGAGUCAAAAUGCGGUUGAUACUUAAGGCUCUGGUACUCAUAGAUCAGCAAUUUCGCGAAAAAGCUUGCAUCUUGAGGAUGCGAAACCGAAUCAAAGCAAAGCCAACGUUCACGAGUCUGAAGAGGCCUGCAAUAUAUGAUAUCGAGGAAGAUAUAAACACGAGCGAGAAUGCCAUGUCCCGAAUGAGACUCGACUGA